AAAUGCUUCACGCCAAAACAAUAAACUCCCCACGCCCAUACACACCGGAAAAUUCCCCGUCAUUUUCAUCUCCGGAUCUAGUACCCCAUGGCCUCCGAACCUGAUCCUUCAGAAUCCCGAACCCAAAGGCACAAAUGCCCUGCAUGCUAUAAACAAUUUAAGAGAAAGCUGCAUCUUAUAGAGCAUAUGAAAAUCUCAUACCAUUCAGUUCAUCAACCUAGAUGCGGGGUGUGCCAAAAGCACUGCAAAUCUUUUGAAUCAGUGCGAGAACAUAUUAGUGGUCCAUUGGCAAAGUCAAAUUGUUCGAAGAUUUUUUUGAACCAAGGUUGUAAUCUUUGUUUAAAAGUUCUGGAUAGCCCUGCUGCCCUUAAUGAACAUAAACAAAAGUGCUGCCUAAAUGCUCCUGUUCCCCUUGGAACAAAGAUCAUGCCUUGUAUAGAAUCUCAUGUUAUUUUGUCAGGUUCAAUCAUGGACGAAAGGCACAAUGGUAAAGGUCAUGGAGCCAUUGCUAUGGAUUGUGAAAUGGUUGGUGGUGGUAGUGAUGGAUCAAUUGACCUUUGUGCUAGGGUAUGUCUUGUUGAUGAAGAUGAGAAUCUAAUUUUCCACACAUAUGUUCAACCACAAAUUCCAGUCAGUAAUUAUAGAUAUGAAGUAACUGGGGUAACAGAAGACCAUUUGAGAGAUGCCAUGCCACUUAACGAAGUGCAAGAUAAAAUAUUGAAAAUUCUGUACAACGGAGAGUCUGUUGGAAGGAUUCGCCUAGAUGGGGAAAAGGUUAGGCUUCUUGUGGGUCAUGGGAUACAGCAUGAUUUGGACUGCUUGAGAAUGAAAUAUCCUGGCCAGCUGCUGAGGGACACUGCAAAAUACCGUCCGUUGAUGAAAACAAAUCUUCUUAGUCACUCACUGAAGCACCUUACCAAAACAUAUCUAGGGUAUGAUAUCCAGUCAGGCAUUCACGAUCCGUAUGAAGAUUGUAUCUCUGUGAUGAGACUGUACAAGAGAAUGCGUGGCCAAGACCAUCAGGUGGAAGGACUUGGAAAUGAAAGAGCAAAUAGUGGCUUCGAUUCUAUUAGAUCCACAGAACUAGAGAAGCUGACUCCAGAUGAGCUAUAUGAGAUCUCUAUAUCUGAUUACAAGUGUUGGUGUCUAGACUUGAGCAAGGAAUGCAGCCUUGGCAGCUGAUUUUCCUUUUUUUUGUUUUUUUUUCAACUGAACAUUUAGUCUUGGCAGGGCAUGUUAAGAAACGUCUGCCAUUUGUGCUUUGUGUCCCCUAGUGUGGGCGUCAUUUGGGCUUAAAACUUUUCGAAUUUGACAGGAGAGCAGUAAAAAAAAGAGAGGAUAGAGGAGAGAAGUGAAAACAAGCAAGUCACAAUAGAAAGUCGACUUGUAACUGCUUGGAUUGUAUAUAUAACAAGAGAAAUUAUGGGGACGGUUGAUGUUUUACUAGAUAAUGUGAUUGUAGGAAAUAUAAUCAUUGAGAAUAGAACAUUGCAACAUUUGUAAA